ACUUCCUCUCGUCGUACCUGUGGCCAUUCCUUCUUUAUCUCCCCGCGCUUUCCUAUCUUGGUAUUGGGUUGGUUGGUAGUUGGGGCGGCUUUGCGGGGUUAACCGUAAAGCUCCCAAAUCCCUGGUUAGCGUGUGGUGACGCUAGUCCACAUAUAAUUUUAGUAGAAAGGCGGUGUAGCGGCAGAAAGCCUUAAAACUUUCCCCCAGCGACGACAGCUCUCGACCUUGAUACUGCAAUUAACUCGCAUAUCCCAGCUCAAUAUCACAGCAAUGAAGCGGAAAUCUGAAGCAAUCGAGGGUGCCAAGAAUGGCAUCCUCAAGUCAGCCAAGCAGAAGAGGGCUAAAGAGUCCAAACCCGUAGACAUCACCGGCUGCUUCCGCGACGGCCUCUUCGACACCAAAAACCUCAAGACCUACACCAAAGACUACGCCACCUCCACCCCCUACAAACACGCCGUCAUCCACGACCUAAUGAACGACUCCCUCCUCCGCGCCGUCCGCACCGAAGUCCGCGAAAACGUCCACUUCACCCCCAAGGAAACAGACAUCUACAAGAUCCACCAAUCCGGCGACCUCGCCAACCUCGACGGCCUCGACGAUGCCGCCCUCGAGCGCCUCCCCUCCCUCCUCAAGCUGCGCGAUGCCCUCUACUCCCCCGCCUUCCGCAAGUACGCCGAGGCUAUCACGGGUGCGGGCGCGCUGAGCGGGAAGAAGACCGAUAUGGCGAUUAACGUGUACACACCCGGCUGCCACCUCCUCUGCCACGACGACGUCAUCGGAAGUCGCAGAAUCAGUUACAUCCUCUACCUCCCCGACCCAGACAUCCCAUGGAAGGAAGAAUGGGGCGGCGCCCUGCGUCUCUACCCCACCACCAAGCUCCCCGGGGGCGACGGCGGGGUAACAACAGUCCCCAGCGCGGACUUUGCUAAAUCAAUCCCCCCAGCCUGGAACCAACUCAGCUUCUUCGCCGUGCAGCCCGGCCUCAGCUUCCACGAUGUGGAGGAGGUGUACCACGCCCCCACCCCCGCGCAGCAGGAGAAAGAAGGCGGGAGAGUCCGCAUGGCUAUCAGCGGGUGGUUCCACAUCCCGCAAGAAGGCGAGGAGGGUUACAUCCCCGGCGCCGAGGAGAAACUCGCCCUGAAGAGCAGUCUAGUCCAACUACAGGGUAAAGCGGAUGAAUACGAUUUCCCCAAAGAAACAGCCACCCCCGUCCCCGCUGCUGAAACCACCGCCGCCGCCCCCGACGACUCGGAAGACGAAGAGGAGAGUCUCGAAGCAGAAGACAUAGACUUCCUCCUCAAAUAUCUCACCCCCACCUACCUAACCCCCGACACAAUCGAGCAAGUCAACGCCCACUUCCAGGAAAACUCCGCCGUGAGCAUCGACCACAUCCUGUCCGCGAAAUUCUCCGCCCGUCUGCGCGCACACAUCGAAGCCGCGGAAGCCACUCCCCUCCCCUCCACAGCCGCAGAGAUCGAAGCCUCCUCCCCCUGGCGCGUUGCGAAACCACCGCAUAAACACCGUUUUCUCUACCUCGAACCCUCCACCUCGGGAGACGAAAAAAACCCCGUCCAAGAGUUGGUAGAUGACCUCCUCCCAAGCAAGGAAUUCAGAAAAUGGCUCGCUAUAGCUACGGGAUGCGAUAUUGAGAAUUUCAACGUCCUCGGUCGCCGAUUCAGGAGGGGAGCAGAUUAUGCGCUUGCGACGAGCCAUGAGGGGGAGUCGAGGCUGGAGGUUUGUCUUGGGUUUACCCCGACUAAGGGGUGGGGCGUUGAUGAUGACGAGGAGGAAGAAGGUGAAGAGGAGGAAGAAGGUGAAGAGGAGGAAGAGGAGGCACCGAAGUCUAAGAAGGGUAAGAAAGCCGCCAAAGCCGCUGCUGCCGCCGCAAAGGCCAAAGCUGCUGCCACCAAAGCUGCAGCUGCCGCCAAAGCCGCCGCAGCAGAAGAAGAAGACGACGUAGGCGGCCACGAAGUCUACAUGGCCGCCGACGACGAGGACGCCUCGGCAGACGCAGCGAUCUACAAAGCCGCUACGGGGGAUGAAGAGGAUAACGUCCUCUUCACCGUCCCGGCGGCGUGGAAUAAAAUGAGUAUUGUGUUGAGGGAUGAGGGGGUGCUGAGGUUUGUCAAGUAUGUUAGUCGGAAUGCGCAAGGGGAUAGAUGGGAUGUUGUGGGGCUUUUUGGGGUGGGUGGGGAUGAGGGGGAGGAGGAUGGGGAGGAUGAGGAGGAGGAUGGGGAUGAGGGGGAGGAUGAAGAUAGGGAGGAGGAGGAGGGAAGUGAGGAGGAGUUUGAGGGGUUCUCGGAUUAG